GGGGAUUUUAACAAGUAGUCCCUGCUCCUUGGGCCAUUGACCUCGUGGGCAUAGAAACAAGAAUUAGCAAACCUGGCCAGGUCCAUUGCUCGCUUCGGAGGCUGCAUCCGUCCCUCAUUGAUCGUGACGCAUGUGCUUUGCGUGACAUCACUCCAUCUGGCAAUUGCGAAAACAUGCGAUUAAUUCAUCGCAGUUGAAUUCACUCGGUUGCCAUAACCCCUUCCGCCUGCGACGCUGGGCAACGAGAUCCAUCCAUCUGCUUUCGCAUAUCUUCGAAGCAGAUUCAAGCGCCAUCCAGUCCCAUCUCCCUCGUAACAUCCCUCUUACCAGAUGAGUCCGAAUUCGGAAGAUCCCAGCACCUCCGCGAUCAACAUGUCCGCCGCGGCGCGUGCAAUGCUGGGCAAAGUCCACAAGCUGGUGCCUCCGAUGCUGGAGCGAUUCCACAAAGGCCAGCUUGGUCGCGUUGCCGUCAUCGGCGGCAGUGCGGACUACACGGGUGCACCAUACUUCUCCGCCAUGGCCUCUGCACGGCUGGGCUGUGACAUGUCCUACGUCUUCUGCGAACCUUCGGCGGCCCCGACGAUCAAGUCGUACUCGCCCAAUCUGAUGGUCUCCCCGAUCCUCCGGUCGACGGCGUCCAUAUCUCAGGCACAGAAAGAGCAGGAUCCUUCGGGAGAAGAGCUCGCCAAACCAAUCUUAGAUAUGUUGCCUAGGUUGCAUGUGCUGGUUAUUGGGCCCGGUCUGGGAAGAGAUGUCGUGACGCAAAGGCAGGUCAAGGCUGUCAUUGCCGCAGCCAGGAAGCAUAACCCCCCUGUUCCUAUGGUGCUAGAUGCGGAUGCCCUCCUGUUAGUUCAGACGGAUCCGGACUUGAUCAGAGGACAUAAGGAAUGCAUUCUUACUCCCAAUGUAGUCGAGUUUGGCCGCCUGGCGAAGUCGGUGGGGAUGGAUCAGAACACUCGCGAUCCAGAGAAGGCAUGCCAGGAACUUUCAAAGAUACUCGGAGGGGUCUGCAUUAUUCAGAAGGGCCCAGUCGACUACAUAUCACAAGGAAUUGAUACCACUGUCUCCGAGUUCCAGGGUGGCCUGAAGCGGUCUGGUGGACAGGGUGAUACCUUGACGGGCUCAUUAGGGACGUUGCUUGCAUGGCGAGAAGCUUAUCAUGAGAAGCUCUGGGACAUUGGCGACGAGAUGAGCCGAGAGGAAACGCUCUUGUUAGCGGCCUUUGGCGGAAGCGCCAUCACGAGAGAGUGUUCGCGGAGAGCUUUCGUGAAGAACCAGAGGAGUCUGCAGGCGAGCGAUCUGACCGAAGAGGUGCAUCAAUCGUUUCUGACUCUCAUUGGGGAGCCUAGCCAAACCCAAGCGCCGAAACAGAAUCUCUGAAGGGCUUCUGACGGUUGCUCAAGGAUGAGCUCCCAUGGAAAGCUUGAAUCAAAAACAUAUCUGUAGAAGCGCAGACAGAAACUCGCAGUCAGUGUAAAGACAAAAGAGAACAGUCAAAUGAUGAUGUUUUCAUCGGUCA